AUCCGUCCUGCCUGUGGUGUGGGAAAGUGAUGAAUGGGGGCUGUUCUGCCCGGGGGGAGGGCUGCUGUCACUCUGGCGAGGCUGCAGCCUUAUUUAUUACACACCAAAGUAUAAAACCACCCAGCUGCUGCAGCUCUCGGCUCCAGCCCUGGCAUUUGCCCGAGGAGACCACGUUCCUGGAGCCCCGCUGUCUUCUCCAGGACGCUCUGUGGCUCUGUUGAGAGAACCAUGCUCGGGAGGCAGCUCGUCUGUUGGCACAUGCUGGCUUUGCUUUUCCUCCCAUUUUGCCUGUGUCAAGAUGAAUACAUGGAGGUGAGCGGAAGAGCUAAUAACGUGGUGGCAAGAAUAGUGCAAAGCCACCAGCAGACUGGCCGUAGCGGCUCCAGGAGGGAGAAAGUGAGAGAGCGGAGCCAUCCUAAAACUGGGAUUGUGGAUAAUAACACUUCUGCAGACCUAAAAUCCCUGAGACCAGAUGAGCUACCGCACCCCGAGGUAGAUGACCUAGCCCAGAUCACCACAUUCUGGGGCCAGUCUCCACAAACUGGCGCACUGCCCCCAGACUGCAGCAAGUGUUGUCAUGGAGACUACGGCUUCCGAGGCUACCAAGGCCCACCUGGGCCACCAGGCCCUCCCGGCAUUCCAGGAAACCACGGAAACAAUGGUAAUAAUGGAGCCACUGGCCAUGAAGGGGCCAAAGGUGAGAAAGGUGACAAAGGUGACCUGGGGCCUCGAGGGGAGCGGGGGCAUCACGGCCCCAAAGGAGAGAAGGGCUACCCUGGCGUUCCACCAGAACUGCAGAUUGCGUUCAUGGCUUCUCUAGCAACUCACUUUAGCAAUCAGAACAGUGGAAUUAUCUUCAGCAGUGUUGAGACCAACAUCGGAAACUUCUUUGACGUCAUGACUGGUAGAUUUGGGGCCCCAGUAUCAGGUGUGUAUUUCUUCACGUUCAGCAUGAUGAAGCACGAGGAUGUUGAGGAAGUGUAUGUGUACCUCAUGCACAAUGGCAAUACAGUCUUCAGCAUGUACAGCUAUGAAACAAAGGGGAAAUCAGAUACAUCCAGCAACCAUGCUGUGCUGAAGCUAGCCAAAGGGGAUGAAGUUUGGCUGAGAAUGGGCAAUGGCGCUCUCCAUGGGGACCACCAACGCUUCUCCACCUUUGCGGGCUUCCUGCUCUUUGAAACUAAGUAAAUAUAUGAGUAGAAUAGCUCCAGUUUGGGGAAGCCUCUUAGCUGAGCUAGUGAAGUUAUGAUCUGAGAAACAUUAAAGGUGAGGGUGUUACAUGCCGUAUUUAAAAAAAAUGUAUUAGUUACAUUGAUAAUCAUGCUACAGGUAUAUCAAUAAUGUUAGAUGACUCAGGGGCUCGGAAGAAUAAACCACAGAACAGUCUUCCCAGAUGACCUUGACUAAUACACUCAGCAUUUUUAUCACUCUUCCCUAGGCACCUAGAAGAGAAUUCUCCUCUGACACAGGUUGGAAAUAAUUGUUCCCAUCAGAGAAGUCAUUUGCAAAGAAUUUUGGCUGCUUUGUUUUUAAUUUAAUACCAGCUUUCAGGAACCCCUGAAGUUUUGGCUCAUCAUUCUUUGUAACACUUCAGAGAUUGGGUGCAGUGAUCACGUUGGGACUGGGGCAAGAGCAAGUGCACUUGCCAGGACCUAGGUACCAGAAACAUUUGUAAAGCCUAAACUGGAAAAUAACACUUUGAUCCAGUGGGUCGAUAUUCAUGAAUAAAAUAUAGAUUCUUUUAGUAAUUCCAGAUAGUCUUUAGAUAGUGAAAGUAUUUACAAUGCCCACAAAUAAUUGGCUCCUCCUUUUUUUAAAAUAAAGAUACUUCUGUAAUUAAAUCUUGACUUUUAAUAUUGUAUUUUUAGAAAUAGUAUUUUCUCAUGAUCCAGAAUUGGAUUUAUCAGAUCUGGCUUAUCAGAUUGACUCUUUGCUAUUGUGUUUGUUGAAUUACAAUAGAUCUUUGUUGACUCUGGCCUAUGAAACCAGCUGAGGUGAGCUGAGGUCCAUAUAGGACAGAUGUCACAUUCUUUUCUCUUAAUUUUGAAAUUACCGCAAUAUAUUUAUACUUUAGACACACCAUUGCAUGUUGAAGGGGCUUUAAACUAAAUUGUAUACAUUCAAACUAACGAAUGCAAAAUAUAAGAGUAUUUCAUUGAAGAAACGUACAAGAAAAUGUUUUAACCUUUUAUUCAAUAAAAAAUAUGAUUUCCUUGAUUACUGUAUUUAACCAGUAUUCACAGAGCAGCUUGUUUGUAACAGGCAUUAUAGGAGGUGCCACUUGGCUUUGGCUCAUGCCUCCCCAUUCCAAAAUUGAAGGAUUAAAUUUGCUACCAGAAGGAUAUUCAUAAGAAUGUACCAUAAGUUCUGAAGAUAGUGCCCCAAGCUAAUACCCCAUAUUGGUUUAUUUUAGGCAAAGAAAGCAUCACUGGAAUAUGUGUUUACCCUGAUGUUGAAUCAUGUUUAAAAUGCACUAGAUAACUUCAGCUACACACUUUUAAAAAUAAUAAAAAAGCACUAGAGAGAUGCCUAUCUGAAAAAUAUUAUAUAAUGAAUUUCCUUUGAAGUAAUGAGUCCUUAAUUUAUUUUCUAUUACAAUCUGAAUUUCCACAUAGACUUUUAAACUACAGGUUUACUUGUAUUGAUUACCCCUAAAGCCAGAGGCAGAGAGAACUAAUUAGGGUUGCCCUAUUGGCUAACUCAAUGCCCUCCAUACCUUUGACCCACAAUUAUUUUUAAACUCUUCUCCAAUCCACAUAUAAAGCUGUUUUAAAGUGAAUGGAUAUUACACUAGUGUUUGACCAGUGAUGAUUUUGUAUAUGCCCCCCACCUCCCCUGGGGUGUGGGAUCAUGGGGUUAAGGUUUACUAUUGCCAAAUGUUGUAAAUAUUUUGUAGAAGUAUAUUGCCAAGAGAUAUUUGAAUGUUGCAUGUUGACCAAAGGGAUUCUGUAUCUGAAGAGCAUAUGCUACUAAUACGUGCCUUAGAAGAAGAUUCUGAGCUGGGUUUAGAUAAAACUAUGGCAAGAAAAGUGUAAUAAGCAAUACAUGGAAAUAAACACACCUUUGUUAAAUGCA